AUGUCUAUCUCGACGCCAAACCCUGAUGGACUCUACCCUAUAGUGGAGCUGAACUUCAAAGGUGUUUUUCUUAGAAAUCCUUUCUCGUAUAACCAUGGUAUCAAUUUCACUUUUAAUGAUCACGAUUUUUCUAGAAUGACAUACGGUGACUGUAUCACAUUUCUCGAACGGUUCAUGCAAGAAAGUAUAAAGAAGUUAUACUAUUGUGAACCAGGUAAGCCCUUAAUAUCUGGGAUAACUGCUAUCGCUAAUGAUGAAGACUAUGGUGGUUUCAUUUUUCAUGCAUAUGGGAUAGAUGGUAAAAUUUGUAUGUAUGUGGACCAUGAUGGUCAAGGAAUAGAAGAUUGGUUUGGUUUUGAAAUAGAAGAGGAGGAUGGAGAUGAUUCUUGCAUUGAUGGUGGUGAGAACGAGGAUGAAAUUUAUAGCCUAAUAGAUGUGGAUGUGGACUUUAAUGAGGACACAAUCACUAUGAAUAGGACAAAGGGUGAUGAAUUUCUAAAUAGAUUAUGUGGCGAAGAUGAAGAGGGAAAUGAUAACAACAUAAAUGAUCAUGAUGGGCAUGAAGAGGAUGCCAAUGUAACUCAACAACAUUCCAUUUUUAAUGAGUUACUUCCAUGGAAAAAGUAG